AUGUAUUUUCUACAAGCUACGGCAUUCGGUUACGGAAACAUUGGACAAAAACCACGUUUUAGUUUAAAAAUAUUUUUUAAAAUACUUGAAGUUUUGAAACCGAAAGAAGUAUUGAAUAACAGAGUGUUAACUGUACUUACGUUUGCAUCGGAAACUGUUGGUCGAGCUCUAGCUCAGAUUCCGGAUCAUGCUAAGGCAAAGAAUGCUGCACUAAAAAUUAUAAAAUUAAAUAAACGUCAAUCAGCUAUUGAUCCAAAUGAUGAAAAUGGACUUGUAUUAUCGGAUAUUAAAGGUGAAAUUGAAUUCAAAGAUAUUCAAUUUCAAUAUCCGACGAGACCUACACACAAAGUUUUAAAACGUUUUAAUUUAUCGUGUGUCACUAAUCAAACUACUGCACUGUGUGGACCUUCGGGAGGCGGAAAAUCGACAGUGAUAGCAUUGAUCCAACGAUUCUACGAUCCACUUAGUGGCAGUGUAUAUAUUGAUGGUUACGAUAUUAAAACGUUAAAUCUUCGUUGGUUAAGAUCACAGCUGGGUUUAGUCCAGCAAGAGCCAAUACUCUUCAAUCUGAGUAUUAGAGA